AUGACAACAGGGCCGGGGACCAUUCUCACGCCUUUCUGGGGCUGCUCUAUCGCGGUUAAUUUGUAUUCGACCGGGGUCAUACUGCACCGUAUCUGGCUUCAUGUUCAAGAACAAACACGAUUCUCAAGCUCGCUUUCUGCUUCAGUUCGCGAACUCCGUUUUGUGAUGCGCGUUUUGAUCGAAUCCGGUGCUUUAUACCUUGUUAUCACAAUUCCCCAUUUCAUUGUUUGGUGGACGCCUAGCUCCACCGCCAUCCUGAUAUUUGCAUGGACUAACCUCCCAGCGGUCGGUUGUGCGUUUAAUUUCAUUGUUAUCCGUACCUCCCAGAGACGUGUGGAGCAUGUCAAAGAUCUUGAAAAGGAUGCAGGGUUUAUCUCAACCGUCAUGCAGUUUCGGCCCCCCAUCAUCGCCAACACAACGACCACGCACACUACUGAUCAUUUCUCUAGUGGUCGAACCUCCUCAACUUACGAGAUUGGGCAAUGA